AUGGAUCAAGCCCCCUGCAAAACACCAACAGCAGGUACAAAUACCUUAUUCACUGAGACCCUGACCCUGUAUGAUGAUUACCAGCUGCACAGACUGACAAAGUUCUACCGGGACAGAUUGGAACAGGCCAUUGAGGAAGGCGUGGAGGACAUCAGCUCAAGGCUCAGACAGAAGGAAUGUUUCAGCCCGCAGGAGCACAAAAAACUCACUGAACUCAGACACAGUGGGCAGAGGAGACAAAGCUCCAAAUUUCUUCUGAACCUGGUGAUGGGGAAAGGUUCUGAGGCCCGGAGAGUGAUGUGGGAAUCUUUUGUGAAAAUGAGGCCCACUUUGCCCAAACUGAACAAAAUCAUGACGGAAAUACAGCAACAAGGUGCCAGUCUAGUGGAUGAGGUGACCAUUGUCCGAAGUGUAUCAGAUGUCUCCAGUGAUCUGAAAGCCAUUCAGCAAUUGCACAAGGAGACGUUAAAGAAACAAACUGAGAAACUGGUAGUGAAGACCAUCCUGAUAAAGGAGAAGGUGAAGCAGUUUCAGUUGGUUGUUCGCUACACAGAGCUAACAAUUAUUUCUGAUGUACGUGACCGGGAUCUGGUAGAACAUGAGCUGCUGGCGAGAGGCAGAGAACACGAGGAGUGGAGACAGAAGCAGCUCCGGGGAGAGCUGGAAAAAAUCCGAAUUGAUAAACUGUUCCACAGCAGCUUCUCUGGAGGAGGUCCAAUUUCCUGGUUGAAAAAAUUCUUCAAGAGGAGGGGAUCUGGCAAUUUCACAGGGACUUCCGCAGUAGUGAGUGGAGUGGCGGGGAUUGGAAAAACAACCAUGGUGCAAAAGAUUGUCCAUGACUGGGCCACAGGCAAAAUCUAUCCUCACUUUCACUUUGUAUUUAUUUUUAAAUUCCGAGAUCUAAACAGAUUAAACUGCAGAAUUACACUAAACCGUCUGAUCACAGAGCAGUAUACUUACCUCAGGGGUGUUCUGGAUGAGCUGUGGAAACACCCAGAGACAUUGCUCUUUAUAUUUGAUGGUUUGGAUGAAUUUAGGGGAAGUAUUGAUUUCGCUGACAGUCGGAGAGACACAGAGCCUCAGCGCAGGUGCACAGACCCUGAAUUCCGUUGUAAACUUUCUGACAUUGUGUACAGUUUAAUACAGAAACAGCUGCUGCCAGGCUGCUCAGUGCUGGUGACCAGCCGCCCCACUGCAUUACAGUUACUGGCAAAGGCUCAGGUCAGUGUCUGGGCUGAAAUCCUGGGAUUUGUGGGUGAAGAGAAAAGGGAAUAUUUUCACAAGUUCUUUGAGGAUCAGGAGGUGGCGGCUGCUGUUUACAGCCACGUGGAGGAAAAUGAGCUCCUGUUCACCAUGUGCUUCAACCCGUCCUACUGCUGGAUCCUCGCUCUGUCUCUGGGUCCCUUCUUCACACGGAAACACAGCAACAAACAGCGAGUUCCCAAGACAGUCACACAACUCUUCUCCUAUUAUAUUUAUAACAUACUAUCACAUCACAGUGUCAAGAUGGAAAGCCCCCGUGAUGUGAUGCUGAAGAUUGGUGAGAUGGCCUUCACUGGAGUCUCCCAGAGAAACAUUGUCUUUAAUGAUGAAGAUCUGUUCAAAUAUAACCUCCAGCCUUCGCAGUUCCUCUCUGGUUUUCUCAUGGAACUUGUGGAGAGAGAGUCUUCAGAGCACAGUGUGGUCUACACAUUCCCGCACCUCACCAUCCAGGAGUUUGUAGCCGCACUCGCUCAGUUGCUGACUCCGAAUCCAGAAAGUAUUCAGGAUUGCUUUUAUCAAGCUCGCAGUAAAAGUGAUGGCCGGUUUGAGAUAUUCCUGCGCUUUGUUGCGGGUCUCUCCUCCCCACGGGCAGCUCAGCCACUGGAGGAGUUUCUGGGCCCAUUUGUCCAUCAGACAACCUGCGCGGUGAUCGAUUGGCUGAAGGAGAAGGUUAAAACUCAGAUCAGAGACACAGACACCGUCAAUGCGAAAAGGAAGCUGCUGAACACACUCCACUACCUGUUUGAGUCUCAGAAUCAAGCCCUGGCACAGCUCACACUGGGCUCUGUACACACACUGACAUUUGGUGACUACUCUUCAGAGAAAGCAUUGAGACUGACACCGAUAGACUGUGUUGUGGUGUCUCAGGCCAUUGGACUGUGUGACACAAUAAAACAACUGAAUCUGAGGAACUGCUACAUUCAGGAGGAGGGUCUCCAGCGUCUGUUUGCUGCUCUGCACAAGUGUCAAGAGUUGCUGCUGGAGGGCAAUAAUCUGGGAGAUUGUACCGAGGAUCUGACCUCCGCUCUCAGCACAAACCACUCACUGAAGGAACUGCACCUGAGUAACAAUAAUCUGGGAGAUUGUGGAGUGAAGCGACUGUGUGACGCUCUGAGGAACCGGGAGUGUAAAAUACAGAAUCUGGAUCCCUCCGUCCAGUGUGAUUGUACCGAGGAUCUGACCUCCGCUCUCAGCACAAACCACUCACUGACGGAACUGAACCUGAAUAACAAUAUUCUGGGAGAUUGUGGAGUGAAGCGACUGUGUGAGGCUCUGAGGAACCCGGAGUGUAAAAUACAGAGUUUGUGGCUGAACAGUAACAGACUGACCGAUGGCUGCACUGAUGAUCUGGUCUCCGCUCUCACUACAAACCGCUCACUGAGGAUCCUGAACCUGGGGUCUAACUCCUUCACAGACGGCUCUGUCCCCGCUCUCCGCCGCCUCAUACAGACCUGCACCAGUCUUGAGGAGAUCGGCCAAACAAUUGUCCCUUGGAGAUUAUCAUCAUCUGAAAGAACAGUUUCGCUUUAUGUGGAAACCAAAGGGCUAACUUUCUCUGAGCAGCCGGUGCUGGUCAGCGUGAAGCAGCUCAACAGUAACAAACUGACAGUUCGUUGUACCAAGGCAAUGGCCUCCACUCUCAUUAAAAACUCUUCACUGUCGGAGCUGAACCUGAAUAAUAAUAAACUGAGGGAUUGUGGAGUG